AUGGCGAAUCUGCUGCUAAGCAUUGCAGCCCGCGGGGCCGGCCUGGGGGCCAGCGCCUUCACUGGGGCUUUCUCUUCUUUCUUUUCAAACAUUUCGGGAAGUUGUUUUGGGAGUUUAAAGGACUGUUGCGUUUGCCCGCACCCCACGGAGUGCGGCUGCAUCGGGGCGGUGAGCUACUUUCUGGGCUGCCAAGACCACCGCAAGUUCAAUUUAAUUGUCGAAGUCCACGAGCUCGAUCGUUUGCAAAAAGGGGCUCCAGUGUUUUUGCAAAUCAACGUAGGCCGCCAGCAGGUCCUCACCAAGGAUAUAGCGGUGUCGGGCAGCAGCGCGUUGGUGGAGGAGCGUUUGUUCGUGAAAGUUCGCCAAGUCGACAAAGAAGUGAAAAUGCAAUUAAUGAAAAAAGGAGUUUUAAAAACAGAAUUAAUUGCAAGUUUCAAAGUUCGAGUCAAACAAGACCUUUUCGACAAACACUUUCCCAAGAGGCAGUGGCUGACGAUGACAGCAGUGCGCGGCGUCAGCAACGUGAAGGCUCUUGUCUCUUUUCACUACAUGGACCCGUCGCUGCCAGCUGCGCAGUCGCCGCUGCUGCAGCAGGCGAUCCUUCUGGCGCAGCAAGAAGCAGAGGCAAAGAAGGAGCCGUUCAACUUGGUAAGGCAGCAGAAACAGCAGCAGCAGCAGCAGCAACAGCAGUAG